AUGGUAUCACUCUCACCCAGAGUUUCUUCGGAGAACAACAAUUCUUCUGAAUCCGCAGCAAAUGCUUCACCACCAACCUCCUCAAGUAAGAGGCCUCUCACUUUGGAAACAAGCAAGACUUGUUCUUCCUCCUUCCCAUCAUCAUCAUCCAGCAGUGAUGAUACAAUACUGAAUCAGGAUCUACCAUCUUCCACAUCCACACCGACGACAAUAUCAAAUUGCAACAACAAUAGCAUGUAUAUAGUUCCAAAUGACAACACCGACGAAAACAAUUUAACUUCAUCCUCUCUUCCUGAACCAUCACAAGAUGGCCUUUUUACCGAAAAAGGCUUUUUUCAUUCUUCCUCAUCUCAAGAGGAUCAUCAUAGCGAUCACAAUACAUCCACGAAUACGAACAAGAGCCCUUCUUUAACAGUUAUGGAUCGAAUGUUUCGAUAUUUCAACUAUGAAGACGAUAAAUUUGAAUACAGGAGAAGAAGUAUCGGAGAUCGGCUGAAAUUUGUCUAUGUGUUUUAUUUAACCAUGAUUGGUCUUUUAGGUUAUUUGUAUAUUGAUCAACCUACACAAGGAAGAUUGGUGUUUUAUGCACUUGUCAGCUUGGAGACUCUUGUUAAUGUAUUCGUCAUUAAGUUAAUUCAAGGAAAUGCCACAAUGGCAAAGAAGGAAGCAUUGAAUUUGUUCAUGACCUUAUUUUCUUGUGCCAAUAGAGUUGUGUUACAGGUGUAUUAUGGGCCUAGCUUUCCCACAUGGAUCAUUAACACCUACCUGAUUGUUAUCACUUCAAACUCAUUGUACUUUAAAAAGUGGACAACAUUGCUGAAUUGCAUUCUCAUUCUGACCACAACGCAGGUCUCGUUAUACUUUUCUUAUCAAUUGAUGGAGUUUAGAGCAGAUGAAGGGGAGCUCUUUUCGAAAUCAUCGGAGAGACAAUCUCCAAUUCUUCUUGGAUUUCAGUGUUUGAAUAAGAGAAAGUUUAUCAAAAUGGCCGAAAUAUGUAUCAUGCAGGUUGUGGUCACCAUGUCUGGAUUUCUAUUUUCUGACAUUUCAGAAAAACAAUAUGAGAAAAUUUUUGAACAACAAAUGGAAAUCAUGAAAGAAAAGGUUCUUAACCACUCUAAGACUAAAUUCAUUGGAAACUUAUCACAUGAGGUCAGAAACCCCUUGCAUGGUGUUGUGGGCUCAAUACAAAUUUUGCGGCAUGAAGCAGAGAGGUUGAACCGAUAUGCAAAUAGCACAGGAAAGAAAAACGUGGCUAGAGCACGAAGGAGAAAAAACUCUUUACCUACAGGUCAAUUAGAUCCUAUGGAAACAUUCCACAAUGAAAAUGGAGGAUCAGAGGCCGAAGAAAACGUGAUCAUAGCUUCAAAUCAAUCGUCUAUGGAACUUAUCGAUGACAUUUACAACAAUUCAAUAUUACUGUUGAACAUUUUCUCUAGAUCACUACAACUCUCUAAUUUAGAGUUAGGAAAGCUUAAAUUGAGUAUUCAAAGCUUCAAUUUUCUUGAAUUAUUGGAAUCAAUGACCUCUGUAUUUUACACUCUUGCUAACGACAAGCAGAUUUCACUCCAAUCAUUUUUCAAUUUUAUGAAAGUUCCCACUACUUUCAAGGGGGAUAAUGUUAAAAUUUCUCAAGUUUUAAUGAAUAUUAUUUCGAAUGGCAUCAAGUACACAAAGAAAGGAUAUGUGCUAGUCACAUGCGAUCUGUGCUCGGAUGAAGACUUUAAAAAGUUUAAUUUGGACUCCAAAGCUAUCGAAGAAAUCAAGAGUAAGACAACACAGGGAGAUAAGCUCGAAGAAGUUUACUUUCUUCAUUUACAGUGCCAUGACUCUGGUGUUGGCAUUUCAGAAGAAAAUAUGAAAACUUUAUUCAAACCAUUCCAAACCAUCGAACAAGUUGGCAAUUGCCCUAAUUUCGAACAAUACUUUUCGAAAUAUUCUGCAUCCCAGUCUCGGUCGAAGAAGAAUGAGAUUGCCUCCUCUACUUUCUCUGACAGAAAUGGGCUUGGGUUAAGCAUAUCCAAGAGCUUUGUCGAUGCCAUGCAUGGAAAAAUUGGAGUUCAAAGCCAGCUUAACAAAGGAACGACAAUCUCUGUUUUGCUACCAUUAGUUAAAUCUAACGAUAUUACAGCAGCUUUUUCAAAUCAGAGCAUUAAUGAUCAGCUUCAAAUAAUUUCAGAUCUUAAAGUGGAAAGUUUGAAUAUUUUCAUAAUAGAUCAAAAUAUCACCUCAAAGAAGGUCUUACAUGAUUACCUCCAAAUGAUUUUCCUUAAUGCUUCUUUCCAUCAAUUCGAUAAUUCAAAUAUCACGCUAGAUUCAAGCAACUCAUCCGGAAAAGUAAUACUAGUAUUCUAUGGGGAUGAAAUGCAUGAAAAUGUUCAACAAACCUUUCGAUCUCUUCGUAAGAAAAGUCUUCGGACUAUAUUUAUCCCAAUAUCCAACAGGGGUUUUUCUAACCGUUCUUCCUCACUAAGAUAUCUAACUAGACCUCUCAGAGUGGGAGAUUUGCUAGAUGUACUUAUUCAAUCACUAACAGAAAUGAGUGACAGUGAUAGGAGCUUCUUAGAAAAAGAUGACAGCUUCACCCUUCAAAGAAAAUUUUCAACUAAAAAACACGUCUCCAUUAAGGAGGAAAAGAAGGAUUUGACGUUCAAAUAUGCCUUAGUUGUUGAUGACAAUGCCAUCAAUAGGAAAGUAUUAACAAAAUUGUUAAAAAUGGUUGGCUUUGAAGAGAUUGACCAAGCAGAGAAUGGAUUAGAAGCUUUUGAAAAAUACAAGCAAAAUAUUGAUAGAUAUGAUGUUAUAUUUAUGGACUUACUUAUGCCAUAUGUAUCAGGUAAAGAAUCAUGUGAAAUGAUAAGAAAUCACUCCGUAAAAUCAAAUACCUUAAUUGUGGCAGUAACAGCUAAUACCUGGGAAACAAAGGACAUGCUAUGUAAAUCUGGAUUUGAUUCGGUAAUGUACAAACCAAUCCUUUUGGAAAGUUUAAAGAGUGAAUUAGAGAAUAUGAAAUCUCUGCGUUUGCCAAAAGUCAAUAAUCUCAGUCAUGCUCCAACAUCCUUUCCAAAUAACAACACUGCAAUAGAGUCCAUUAACGACAAAUAA